CAUUUACAAGAGACGAAGACAUGGUCGGACUGAAACCUUCCGAGGUCCCCCCCACCCUCAUGGUGAAGUUUGUGGGUGCCGGCACAGCGGCCUGUAUAGCGGAUCUGGUCACCUUCCCCCUGGACACCGCCAAAGUCCGACUCCAGAUACAGGGAGAAUGUUUUGCCGAGCCCAGCGUCCGGGUCGCUCACUACAAAGGCGUGAUGGGCACUAUCACCACCAUAGUGAAGAUGGAAGGUCCAGCCAGUCUCUACAAUGGCCUGGUGGCUGGUCUGCAGCGACAAAUGACCUUUGCUUCCAUCCGUAUCGGGAUGUACGACUCGGUGAAGCAGUACUACUGCCGCCAUUCUGAAAAUUCUGGUGUGGGUUGCCGGCUCCUGGCGGGAGCCACCACCGGCGCACUGGCGGUCACCUUUGCUCAACCGACAGACGUGGUUAAAGUGAGGUUCCAGGCACACGUCAAAGUCAUAGAUGGUAGCAGGAGGUACAACGGGACGAUGGAUGCCUACAAGACCAUCGCUAAGGAGGAGGGCAUGCGAGGACUCUGGAAAGGGACCAUGCCCAACAUCACCCGGAACGCCAUCGUAAACUGCGCAGAGCUGGUGACCUACGACCUCAUCAAGGAAGCCAUUUUAAAACGCCAGCUGAUUAAUAAUGUAUAUAACCUUCCAUGUCAUUUCGUGGCUGCGUUUGGCGCCGGCUUCUGCACGACGGUGGUGGCAUCUCCAGUGGAUGUCGUGAAAACACGCUACAUGAACUCUACGGCCGGCCAGUACAAGAGCGCCAUAAACUGCGCGUUCACCAUGGUGGUGAGAGAAGGCAGCGCUUCAUUUUACAAGGGGUUCGUGCCGGCUUUCCUCAGGCUCGGCUCCUGGAACAUCGUCAUGUUCGUCAGCUUUGAACAGGUGAAAAGAGCCAUGAUGAUGGCCCACAGCUCCUGGGAAGAUCCUCAUUAACCCCAGCCAAGGAUUG